AUGACUGAUCCUGCUCCAAAGCGCCUGAAACUUGAUGAAGAAGAGAGAAACUCGAUGCUUUCUCCGUUACUUAAAUUUGGGUGGACAGAGGUGGAAGGAAGAGACGCGAUUUACAAAGAAUUUCUUUUCAAAGAUUUUAAUCAAGCUUUUGGUUUCAUGACACGUGUUGGUUUGCAAGCGGAGAAAAUGGAUCAUCAUCCUGAAUGGUUCAACGUGUACAACAAAGUACAGAUUACACUCAGCACACAUGACUGUGGAGGACUGUCUGAAAAGGAUGUCAAACUAGCCAACUUCAUCGAAACCGUCGCCAAAUGA